AUGACUGCUUCCUCCUCAGCCUUGAAUCAGCAGUUUUCCACCAAAAUUUCCGAAAUGACCGUUGAGGCUUACACAAGCAUCAGAUUCCUUCUCUUCUACAUCUCCUACAUCAACUACUCAUACAUCCCAUACGGCUACGUUUGCAUAGUUCCAGAGACUCGUUUGAUACCAGUUACGGACUUGCACAAUUGGCUCCUACAAUCAAUCGACCACCUCGGGAAUCCAGUUGAAACGAGCGAUUCGAAGAAUUCGACGUUCGCCACGUCCCCUUGUGUUCCUCUGGACAAAGUUGAAAAGCGCAAGCUCAACGUCACCGCAACCAGGAGAGACACUUCCACGCUCCGCGGGUACAUCUCCGGGGUCAGAAAUUGGAACACAGCGCAAGGUGAUCCUACUAUUCGUUCUAAGUAUCUCAACACGUCCAGACUCGUAGUUAGGGGCCCCAAGUUAGCGAGAAAGAAUUUCAAUUGGAUAUUGGAAAAGCAUUCAGGCUUUAUUGCCGAGCUAACUAAUCGUAACACCAAUACGACUGACGGGCGCUUCGUCGAAGGAACUAGUCUGGGCGGCGACACGGGCUCACGCAUCGGCCUCAUUGUCAAGCCAUCCAAUCGACACCCUGGUCAGGCCCAACAAACCAUUGCGAACGACCAUACCAAUAAUCGCAAUAUCGAUAUCCUGCUCAACGCCGUUGCAAGUGCUAUCCAGUUCGGUCGAGUCCACGGACAACAUACCGGGAGUCCUAUACACUCGCUCGCCGGUAUUCACUUCACUGACAAACACCUUUGCCCCACGACGCACAUGACUUCUCUUGUUUCCCCAGUUUGCUAG